GGUUCAUCAAUUCAAUAAAGUGGAGAUGUUUGCAGUAUGUACAGAAAACCAAUCAGAACCUGUGCUGGAGAGUUUCAAGGAGACAGAAAUUUCUUUAUUUAAGCAGUUCAAUUUAAGUUUUAGAGUUCUUGACAUGCCUCCUACGGAGUUGGGUGCUUCAGCAUUCCAAAAAUAUGAUAUUGAGGCUUGGUUGCCAGGCAGACAAAUGUGGGGUGAAAUCUCAAGCUGUAGCAACUGCACUGACUAUCAAGCAAAACGUCUCAAUAUUAGAUAUCGAACGAUAAAUGGAGAGCUAAAGUACGCACACACAGUUAAUGGGACUGCAGCUGCUAUACCCCGGUUGCUUAUAGCCGUAAUUGAGUCUAACAAGAUUAAAAAUGGAUCCAUUUUUCUGCCUAAAGAGCUGAAGAAUUCUUUCAAAGCUGAUGUAUUACAACGAAACAAAGCGGUUCCAGCAAUAAAACUUAUCAAGCAUUUCUGAGUAUAGGUUUUAUUAAAAUCUAAUAAAGUGCAAAGUACGAAAGUAUGAGGGUUAAAAA